AUGACGUCUUCAAUGUCUGGACGGAUUCAGGUUGCCGUCUCCAGAACAACAACAACAAGAGGAACACCACGACAAAGAACUUUGAUGCGUGCUGCGGAAAUGGAAGCUGAUGCUGCUGAUGUUGAUGCGGAUGCCGAUGCGGAUGCGGAUGAUACGGCAGACAGCAUAACAUUGGAGCUGGCAUUGUCUCCGAAUACGCCCACGCCACCGCCCACCACAGCGGAUGAGGAUCUGGCUGAGCUCGACAACAGCAAGCCAUUUAAGGUCAAGGACAUUACAAGGAAUAUUCGCAAGGCCGUUGUGGCCACAACAUUGGCCGAGUUGCGGCUCAAGGUGUGCGCGAAGUUUCAACGUGUUCAGAAUCCGGCAAUUCAUUUGGACUGCGAUGGCACCGAAAUUGAUGAUGAGGAAUACUUUUCCACACUAGAAUCAAAUGCUGAGUUGAUUGCCGUUUUUCCCGGUGAACAGUGGCGGGAUCCCAGUGAUUAUAAUGCAAAUAUGCGUCGCACUUCGUUGGAUGCUCAGCGUUUGCGAAAAUUGGUGGGAAAACUACAGCAAAAUUUACUGAACGAUGCUGAUUUGGAUAAACUAUCAAAUAUGGAUCCCAAUUCGUUGGCUGAUAUCACAGGACGUGAGCUGAAGGACAGUGAUUACUGUGUGCAGAGCGAAACAGCACGAAGAUCAACGGAAUUAUCCUGUUAAAGGAGUUUUUUGCACUUGGAAUAUUCGUAUUUGUGUCCCUUUA